AUGAAUGAUGAAACGAUAUAUGGUUACAGCAACAAAGAGGUUAAGAAUAAAAUUUUAGACAAAGAAAAUAUGAUAAAAAAUAAAGUUUAUAACAACGCUAGGAGUAGUUUGAAAAAAAAAAAUUAUUAUGAAAAAUUAAAUGCCACCAAUAAUGAGGAAAAGGAAUUUGCCAAGCCGAAAAACACCGUUCUGAGUGAACACAUUGGUAAAAAUUACGUCGACAAAAAGUAUGGCGACAAUAACAAUUUGGCGAAGGAUCGAUCCAAGUUUCGAAGAAUAGGUUACUAUAAUGAGGAGAAUAGUUUAAAAACGAAUUCAGCAUAUGACGAUGUGAAUAAUGCCGUGGCUAGUAAGGGUGCUGUCCCCAAUGUGAGUGGCAGCGCGCCGCAUCGCAAGUUUAACGAUUUAAAGGCAGCUGCAAGUGGAAGUGGCGGCAACAACACCGAGGAGGCUAUGAACAACGCGAAAGGUGGUGCCGCGGAGGGGGCACAUAUUCAGAAACAAAACUUCGAUCACUACGGAAAGAAGAAUUUAAUGUACACUAAAAGUAAGAAUGAUCAUAACGCUAAUUAUAACUACUCCAAGAUGAACAGAAAUCAGAACAAGUAUGGCAAUGCCGAUUUUAGGGAUCCCUCCCAAGGGAUGGUUUCGGUGGGGACAACAGGGGUAGGAACACAAGGGGCGGCACCACCACUACCACCUCAGCCCAUUUCCUACAUGGGAAGGGACAAACUAUACCAGAAAAAUCAGAGCGAACAAAAUAGUAACCCCAAUAUGAACAACGUCAUGGGUGGAAAGGGUAGCUAUAAAAACGAUACACUAGCGCCAAAGGAUAAGAUUUUGAAUGAGGAAAAUUUUAUCGAAAAUAACAGAAUGAGUGAUAACGAUGUAGCAACAGGUUUGGGACAUAACGAAUUCCAGAGGAAUAAAAAUAUUCCUAAUAGUAAGGGCGCUAUGAUGAACCCAAAAAAUGUAUCCAAAAAAGGAAUAAACCAUAACAAGCAUAAUGACGACAUGGUUGUAGACCACGAAAGAGCCACGAAUAAUUACGCAUUGAAACAACAUAACCCUAAUAUGAAAAGAAAUAUGUAUGCAAAUUACCCCAAUGCGUCGAAAAAUGAGAAAAAUAUGCCUCAUCAUAAAUACGCGGUUGAUAAAGAUGGAAACAGAAAAAAAGAGUACCAUAAUUUUUCCCUAAGUACCAUAGACUCGAAUUUUUCUCAUCAGAAUGCUUUUGAAAAAAAGUUUGGUUCUAAAUUUGUUGACCCACAUAUGAAGGAUAGAAUGGAGGGCAUUAAGGAAAACUCAGCAGACUUUAGUGCCCCCCUAGGUGAGACCAAAGGAGAAGGUAAAAAAUAUUCCAAAAAUUCGACUAACAAUAAUGAAAAGGGAAUUAAUGCAUCGGACAGAGGUGCCCCAUUAGGAGGUAACGGGGAAGAUGAAUAUGUUGCCACAGGCGAAUACAGUCACUGCCCCCAAGUGGUAGGUGUAACCACCACCAAUAAUUGCGUGAACAAUAGUGCAGGUGGUAAUAACGCUAAGCAGUCAUUUAAGAAAGACGGAGGUAAUGCUCCUAAUGGGAGUGGAAAUGCCAACUUGGGGGAGAAACAAAGAUUUUUUGAAAGAGCAGAUGUGAAUACUGCCUCGAAAAGUUACGAGUAUAAUACAAUCGAUUCGGGCAAAGUUUCCCCCGAGUUUGGUAAUGACAAUACGAAUAUGAUGACAUGUGAGGGGAGAGGCGGGAAUGUAGAAAAUGCAAAUGAUGUCGUCUCAAAUAUGCCUGCGGUUAAUGUGAAUACAGUCAAUCUGGCUAGUGCCAAUAGAAUGUCUAAGGGGAAUACAGCUGCUAAUACGCACCAUAUGAGAGAUAAGACUCUGCCGCAAAGUGUAAAUCCGUAUGGUAGUAUCCCCAAGUAUGAGGACGCUAAACAGGUAAGAAAACGUUCCAAUAAUAUGCAAGGGACGUAUAAGGGUAAGAAAGUUACGAAGUAUGAUCCUCCAAAUGGUGAAGAUUACCAGAGGUACCCCUCAUCAGAGGAUUAUAAUAAUAAUAGUAAUAAUGUGAACCAUUUUUUUUACGAAAAUGUGAAUAACAACGAGGAGGAACGUAUGAGCGAAAACGGGAAUGACGAUGUUGACUUGGAUGAGAAUGAUUACAAUAUGAGAAAGGAACAUAAUUAUGCAAAUCGAAAAAUGAAUUAUAAGCACUACCCAGAAAGAAGUGUGAAGAGACUCCACCACGAUACCAUGAUGAAUUACGCAAAGGACAGUAAAAAAAGAGGCUCCUAUGGCCCUGCGUUUAAGACCUACUCGGGGGAGUAUUACCCCGACGAGGAGUGCACGUCCCAGAUGAACUGUGCCUAUGAGAAGUACCGGGAGGAGGACUACCCCGAUGCCUCCUACUCAGAAAAAGGCGCGCUCACAAUCAUCAGAUUACCAGCCGAGAACAAAAAACAAGUAAAGAAAAAAAAAAAGAACAUAGUUAGUUAUGGAAAGUCCUUAGUCGAAAUGUAUAGUACAGCCAUCCCGAUAAACGAACAAGUGGACCCCUAUGCAUUAAAGGCACUAUCAAAGAACGAAAAUUUAAAUGAGAAAAUAUAUGCACUGAUUCCAAAGUCAGUGGUUGAGGUUAGUGAAUAUGAUGAUGUUACUCAUGUUACUUUGCAGUCCUCUUCGCCCCUUUUCGUUAAUCAAAAUGAUAAUGUGAAGCAGCACAUUAUAACCACCACGUACUAUCAGAAGAGCGAUGAUAUUCCUAAUAUCGCGUCUUGUGUCGUUCCGGAGUCCGACGAGUCGUUGAAAGAGUCGCUGGAAAAAUCGAAGGAGUCCCUAAGCGGAGGAGAAAACGAUAAAAAUCUCAAGUCCAUAAUCAGGGGAACGUCGCUCAGAAACAAAAGCGGAUCGUCGCUGAGCGUCAAGUUUAAGUUAUCCCAAGGGGACCAGGAAAACAAAUCGCAAGGAAAAAAUGAAAAUAAAAGUAAGUCCCUGAAGGGAGAAGAUAAUGAGAAAGAAUUAAAUAAAAAAAUAGAAGAUCACAUUUUAUCGGAAGAAUUAAGAAAUUUAAAAAUUGACAAAAGCAUUACGGAAAAAAAAAGGGCUUCGAUAUUUGAUGAACCGAAAACGAGACUGAGACAGGAAAAGAAAAGCGAACCAAAUAACAAAAUCGUUUUGGAUUCAAAUAAAGUAAAAAAUGCUACAGAAAUUAAGUUAAAAAAAAUUCAGCAUGUUACUGGGUUGCUCGAAAAAUAUGACAUACCGAAUCCGUUCGAGAGCUACACCAUGGACCCCAUAGAUUACUCCCAAUUGGCUGGAAAGAAUGACAGCGCAAAAUUGAUGAGCCUAGCCCACACGGUUUCAAACAAUUACUACAAGUACAUUUUAAAGAGCAUGGAAAAGGAAGAAAUUAAAGAAGUCUUCAAUGAGAAGCGGAAAAAAAUGAUCCUCAAAUUGAUAGCCUUGUUAGGGAGUCAAAUAAAUUCAGAAAUUAAGAAAAGAUUUUCAGAGGCCAAUGCGGCGGACACCUGCAAGGAAAGCGAACUGAAAAAAAAAGACAAUGUGAAGCCAAAAAUGAGCCCAAAGGAAAGGGAAAUAAAAGUUGAAGAACAUAAUUUGAUAUGUCAGUACUGGGAAAAACAGAGCGAAUGUAUGAGCAUGCUAAUAAAGGAGUGGAAUAAGAUCUCCGAAAUUUUAGAAUCGAUAAAUGUAGAUCCUAAUAACAUGAUUAGUUCUCUGAUCUCCCUGUAUGGUGAAAAAACUGUCAGCGAUUUUCACCUCAGUUUCGACCAGAUAAAGGAAUCCAACAUUGAAUUGGAUGUGAACGUUGAUGACAUUUCCAUUCCGAACAUUGGCGAACCCCCCGAGAAUAAGUUCGACCCGGCUGGAAUGACGGUGGCGAGUUUGAUUCAGGACAUGAAGUGGGACGUGGACCUGGAGUUCUCACUUAACCAAAUAAGGGAAGAAUGGAAAAAUGAGAAUAAGCAGAAUAAGAAGUUGAUACAGAAGAAGAUCGUCGAAGGAAUAAAACACAGAAUAGGACUCCUGGACUACCUGAACAAAGUAGAAGUGAACUUAAACGCAUUCGCCAAAAUAAUCGAAGGAAGGAUGAUAUCGAAUGAUGACGUGAAAAGUCAGUUGAGAUCUAUGCAAGACUUAAAUGAGGAUGGAAUUUUGUCAAAACUUUUGGAAAAUUUAGAAUGUAAUAAAAUGGAUAUAAAUGCAGAUUCGUUUAAAACUCCGACGUCGUUUUUCAUUUCGCAUCAUUUGCCUAUGACUAUGUGCUCACUGAGUGAUAAGUCUAAAUUGGAUGACGUGGAGGAGCACGAGGAAAACGGAAGCAGUGGUGGUGGCAACGGUGACGGCAGUGGAGAAGGAGGCAGCAACAGUAGUGGCGACGGAAGCGGUAAUGGAAAUGGGAACGGAAGCGACAGCGGUAGCGGAAGCAGCAACGAUAAUGGCAAGGGCAAUGAUAACCAGAGUGAGCAAGAACAAAAUAAAGAAAAUGAAAUGAACUCUGAUGAAAAUACCAUUGAAGAGAAGCAAAGCGACGGCGAAGAGAAGGCGUGA